UCGAGCGACGCAGCCGUUUCCGUCCUUGGCAUCUCAAGGUCUCCACACCCCGCAUCCGAAGGCAGGAAGCUCACAAGUCACAAGGCAGUUGAAGGGCGCUGAUCAUAUGGUGGACGUCGACCACCGGAUGGCGGGGCUGGCCCCGGCGGCGGCGGCGCACGCGGCGGGGCUGCGCCGGCUGUCCACGCGCGCCGCCGCGGGCCCCGCGUCGGCGUCCGCGUCGCCGCGACACGGGCUGCACUCCUUCCACGCCGUGGCGGCGGGAGUGCUCGCCCACCUCCGCGCGGCCGGGGUGGCCGUCCUCCCGGGCCUCUCCGACGCGGAGCUCGCCCGCGCGGAGGCCGAGUUCGGGUUCACGUUCCCGCCCGACCUCCGCGCCGUCCUGGCGCUCGGCGUGCCCUCGGGCGCCGGGUUCCCGGACUGGCGUGGCCGCGCGGGCCUCCGCGCCGCGUUCGACCUCCCCGCCGCCGCGGCGUCGCUACAGACCGCGAGGGGCGCGCUGUGGCCGCGGUGCUGGGGGCGGAGGCCCGCCGACCCGGACCGCGCCCUGCGGCUCGCGCGCUCCGCCAUCCGCCGCGCGCCGCUGCUCGUGCCGCUCUUCGACCGCUGCUACCUGCCCUGCCGCCCCUGCCUCGCGGGCAACCCGGUGUUCUUCGUGACGGACGACCGCGUGCUCUGCUGCGGCCUCGACCUGCUCCACUUCUUCACCCGGGAAACCUCGUUCCAGCCGAUGGAUCACGUCGUCUCCUCCCCGCUGGCCUCCCCCUUCUCCGCCGGCGCGAACACGUCGUCGUACACGCGCCGGAGCCUCGACGCCGUCCAGGCCCCGCGCUGGAUCGAGUUCUGGAGCGACGCCGCAUCCGACCGCCGCCGCCGCGACUCCUCGUCCUCGGAAGCCUCCACCGCCUCGUCAUCCUCGUCGUCGUCCUCGUCAGGCUGCCCGUCGCCACACCGGCGGUCAACCCCGCGGUGGGUCGAUAACUACCUCGAUGAGCUCGGGUCAAUGCUAAAGAAAGGCGGCUGGAGGGACAGGGAAGUGGACGAGAUGGUCGAGGUCACCGCCUCCGGCAUCUUCGACGGCGAGGAGGCCCCGGCACCGGACACCGAGGCCGUCCUCGACGCGCUGGUCCUAAAAACGGACCGGUGCUCGGACUCGCUCCGGCGCGCCGGGUGGACCUCCGAGGACGUGUCGGACGCGCUGGGUCUCGACUUCCGGCGAGGCAAAGAAAGCUCCCGGCCGGCCGUGCGGAUCCCGCCGGAGAUCGCCGCCAGGGUCCAGCGCCUCGCGCAGGCGCUGGCGGGGCCGUGACCCCGGUCGAUCUCCCCGCUCUCGGCGGCCGUGGCGGCGCUCCGCAUUCUUUGUUACCUCGAGCCCGAAUCAAACUACACUUGUAUAAGCGAGAAAGUAAACUAGCCCAUGUUCGGGCGCAUGAACUGGCGAGUAAACUAUGCCGUGCUCAUGUGCGCGAAGCACCGUUCAUUGUAAGAUACGGUGUCCCUGAAAUGAGAGCAAAAUUCGCUCAGAAAAAAAAAACAUUUGCACAGUAAAUUCUUGCCAAAUCCUGCCAAGGACCGAUGAA